AUGGCUCGCGAAAAGCGAGUACCACGCCAGGCCAUAAUGGCCAACACAGCCCCAGCACGCAGGGCUGUAUAUGCACAGCGUGUGCUGGACUGGGAGACUGCCUGGGUUGCAAACCAAUGGCAGCAUUUCAGGGAGAGCCGUGCAGCGUGA